CCUACAACAAUGCGACAUUGGUGCAGGAAAAAGUUGUCUGACUCCGCUGUUUAAAACUACAACACUACCAAACAUAUUUAUUUUGCUCUGUGGCUAUAGGGAAAUUCACUUGAUCUUACUUUUGCGGGUCUACACUAUAUAAAUGUCUAUAUAUUUUUAAUCGGACGUUUUUAGAAAUAUCACAAUUGUGCGACUUUACGGUUCCACGUUGUACUGGAGAAAAAUGAAGGAAGAAAUUGCGGCCACUGUUUUCUUUGUCACGAGACUAGCGAAGAAACACGGAAAAUUGGACAGAAGCAGCAGAGAAAAGUUUGCAGUGGAGCUCACUUCAGUUCUCUUUGAACAUUACAAAACUCACUGGUAUCCGGACAAUCCUUCCAAAGGCCAGGCCUUCCGGUGUCUGCGUAUGAACAAGGCCCAGGUGAAAGACCCAGUCCUGGAGAGAGCCUGCAGGCGCAGUGAGAUCGAUCACGAGGACUUGGGGCUGCCAAAGGAGAUCACGAUCUGGGUGGAUCCAGGUGAAGUGUCUUGCAGGUACGGAGAGAAGACGACCCCGUUUUGCGUGGCUCAGCUGGAGGGCCGGGGGGAGCGGAGCGAGUUCUCCCGCAGGAUCGACAGCGCCGUGGAGAGGGCCUCCUCCGACUACCAUUCGGGGACGUCCUCUGACGAGGAGGCGGGCAACUGCAACAGCAGCAUGAGCAGCAGCGUCAGCAGCAGCCUCAGCAGCAGCAUUAGCAGCUGCAGCAGCUCGGUGGCUGAGCUCAAGACCAUCCCCACCGUCAGCAACCCCAACAGCGUUUACCAGGCGAGUGAGUUUGCUCCCUCCUCUCUGCCGCCCUGGGGCCAGUUUCAGAAGAGGAAGGCCUACCCUGGAGAUGGCUACCAGCAGCACCAGUCCUCAGGGGGAUACUACCCACAGCACAAGUCUUUUAAGAACUACCGUCCUUCCUCCUUUUUUUCGGGCCCGCGUGUGGACCGGUACCACUGGGUCAGCAAGGGCCGCUCUUAAGCGCGGCCUCUGCGUGUCUGCUGGCCCGUCCGGCUCCGCUCCUUUUUGUUUUGAAUAGCUUUAAAUAUGAAAUUAUUUAUGUGACCAUGUGACAAAAGCCUUGUGUUCGUUUUUAAAGAUUUCUAGAAUUUUAUUAAAUUGUGUUUUAUGUUGUCUUUUAAAUCUAAACGUGAAACCCUGAAAAGAUUGAUCUGAAAAAUAAAAUAUUACGUUUUAAA